GCCCGGGGCGCCCGCAGUGUCACUUGGCCGGCGGGGACGCGGUCUGCGCGGUGGGUUGGGGGCCGCCCUGCAACGUCGCAGCGGGCUCGGGCCCGUGAGCCUGGAGCGGCCCGCCGGGCAUCUGCGUCCCACGCUCCCACCCCCUCCCCCGCGUCGGGGGAGGCGGCGUGUCCGGCGGAGGGUGGUGGGGCGAGGGGCAGGGCUGGAGCGCCAUGAGCAGCCCGGAUGCGGGGUACGCCAGUGACGACCAGAGCCAGCCCCGCAGCGCGCUGCCCGCGGUGAUGGCCGGGCUGGGCCCCUGUCCCUGGGCCGAGUCGUUGAGUCCCCUCGGGGACAUGAAGGUGAAGGGCGAGGCGGCGGCGAGCAGCGGGGCGCCGGCCGGGGCGGCGGGCCGGGCCAAGGGCGAGUCUCGCAUCCGGCGGCCGAUGAACGCCUUCAUGGUGUGGGCCAAGGACGAGCGCAAGCGCCUGGCGCAGCAGAACCCGGACCUGCACAACGCCGAGUUGAGCAAGAUGCUGGGCAAGUCGUGGAAAGCGCUGACGCUGGCCGAGAAGCGGCCCUUCGUGGAGGAGGCCGAGCGGCUGCGCGUGCAACACAUGCAGGACCACCCCAACUACAAGUACCGGCCCCGCAGGCGCAAGCAGGUGAAGCGACUCAAGCGGGUGGAGGGCGGCUUCCUGCACGGCCUCGCCGACACGCAGGCCGCCUCGCUGGGCCCGGAGGGCGGCCGCGUGGCCAUGGACGGCCUGGGCCUGCCCUUCCCCGAGCAGGGCUUCCCCGCGGGCCCGCCGCUGCUGCCGCCUCACCUGGGCGCCCACUACCGCGACUGCCAGGGACUGGGCGCGCCCCCGCUCGACGGUUACCCGCUGCCCACGCCGGACACGUCCCCGCUGGACGGCGUGGAGCCCGACCCGGCCUUCUUCGCCGCGCCGCUGCCCGGGGACUGCCCGGCGGCCGGCCCCUACAGCUACCCGCAGGCCUCGGACUACGCGGGGCCCCCCGAGCCGCCCGUCGGCCCCGUGCACUCCCGCCUCGGCCUGGAGCAGGCGGGCCCUGCCCUGCCGGGCCACGUGGCGCCCCCCAGCGCCCUGCAGCUGUACUACAACGCCCUUAGCUCGCCGGCGGCUGGCGGCGGGCGCGGCUUCCCCAUGCAGCCCCCGCAGCCCCCGCCGGGCCCCGGGCAGCCGUCGCCCCCUCCCGAGGCGCUGCCCUGCCGCGACGGCGCGGACCCGAGCCAGCCCGCCGAGCUCCUCGGGGAGGUGGACCGCACGGAAUUUGAACAGUAUCUGCACUUUGUGUGCAAGCCCGAGAUGGGGCUCCCCUACCAGGGGCCUGACUCCAGCGUGACCCUCCCAGACAGCCACGGGGCCAUCUCCUCGGUGGUUUCCGAUGCCAGCUCUGCGGUAUAUUACUGCAACUACCCCGACGUCUGACGGCCCCCGAUCCGACCCAGCCUGCAGGCCAGAAGCGCAGUGUUACUUCCCGGAGGAGCUGAGGACACCCUCAGCCUCACGUUGUUCUGUUUUGUUUCUAAGUUGCCUAGGCACGUAAUUUAUGGUAAUUUAUUUUGUCUGCCACUUGAACGGUGGGGGUGGGGGUGGGGGGGGAGGAGAAAAAUGUGAGGUUUGUUUUCAGAUUUGUUCGAUUCUGGUUGCCCACGGUUGCCUGGUCAAAGCCCCGUUUCCCAGUUCGAGCGGACCAGUUUUGAGUAUGUCCCCGAGGAACUUGCUCCGUUUGCUGAAAACUGAUUGAUCAAAACCACUUUCGCCUUGGGUGUGUUUUCUCAAUCUUAAAAAAAAAAAAAAAUAAAAUCUGGAAUCCCUUUUCA